ACAAAACAAACAAAAAUUGGAAAUGGAGUCUAAGCAUGUUAUGUUAUCUUAUCAGCACGGAAUUCAACCUAUGGUUGAAAUAAUUUAUAAUGGAUUAGAGAAAUUAGGUAUAUCAGUAUGGAUGGAUAUAAAAGGUGGAAUGACGGGAAACAUAAACGAAAGUAUGGCAUAUGGUGUGGAUAAUGCUGCAGCUGUUUGCUGCUUCAUGACCCAUCAGUACUCGGAAUCAAAAAACUGUAAAAAAGAGCUAAAUUAUACUGAUUCACAAGAUAUUGAAAUUGUUCCUGUCAUGGCUGAGAAAAGUUUUAAAGCCACUGGAUGGUUAGGCAUUAUAACUGCCGGCCUGCUAUGGAUAGAUUUUAGAGAGAAUAAUAAUAUGGAGAAGAGAAUACAAUCGCUUGCCAAAGAGAUUGUACAUAGAGUAGGCGAAAAUGUUACCAAAAUGACUAGACCCCAAAAAGCUGUAAGCGCUCCACCAGCCGUAAAACCCGGAAGAGCUUUCAAGCAUAAAUUACAAGGAAAGUAUUUGGCCGAAAGUGGAGAAGUAAAAGUUCAUGCAGCUUCGGGCAGCAGAAGCACUCUGACCUUGCGUAAUAGUCCUGAGGCAACGAGCUUUUGGAUAGAAGAAAGAAAAGAGAAGAACUCUCCUAUUUACUUCUAUAAAAAUUACAGUAGUAAUGGAUAUUUGGGCUAUGAUCCUAAUGGUAAUUACAUUUACACGAAAGGACAACAUUACGGAGCAGAGGAAUGGCAAUUAAUCGCUGAUGAAACUAGUACAAACGGAGAAAGAGCCGUAAUAAUAUUUGCUAAUUACGGAAAGAAAUAUCUAGCCAUCAGAAAUGGAAAGUUAACAGGUGUUGCAGACAAGCAAGAUGAUUGCAUUUGGUACUUGGAUUAA